AUGCUGAUUUUCAAGGCAAACGCUUUCCGUAUUUAUUUCCUGUUUCCGCUGUGUUCUUUUAAAUAUCUCUACUUUGACAAAAUCUUUAUUUUUCGGUUGUGUUCGCUUCCUUUCUUUCUUUCUUUCUUUCUUUCUUUCUUUCUUUCUCUCUUUCACUUAUUUGUCCUUUACCUUUACUCUUUUUCUUUCUCCGUUUCUCUUCAUAUAUCUUUUCUUUGUUUCUUUUCUAUUUUUAGCUUUCCAUUUCACUUCGACUUAAUAUUUAUUCACUUCUCUUUGGUGAUAUUUUGUUUUGUCUUUGUUUGUUUGUUUGGUUGUUCGUUUGUUUGUUUGUUUGUUUCUUUCUUUCUUUCAUUUUUAUUCCAUUCUUUCUUUCUUUCUUUCUUUCUUUCUUUCUUUCUUUCUAUUUCUCCUCUUUUCUCUUUCCCUAUUCAUGUCUUUUUUUCAUUUUCCUUUUUCUUCCUUUCUUUUCUCUUUCUCUUUUGGUCCUCCCCUCAUAUUUGCUUUCUUUGUUUUACUUUUCUUCUAUCUUCUCUUCAAUGCCUCAAUCUUUCUUUCUUUCUUUCUUUCUUUCUUUCUUUCUUUCUUUUUCUUUCUUUCUUUCUUUCUUUGUAUGUUCCUAUCUAA